GAGGUUUUUAAGCUGGCCCCUUCCUUGCUUGCUUGCUUGGUGUAGUCCCCUCCACACUCGGCUCCGACCUUACAUAGACAUGCAUGGUCCCCCUCCGCCCCGACCUCACAAGCAUCGCGCGCACUUCCCCUUAAAACCGCACCAACUCGUAGCCAAAUUCCUCACAUAGCGCACAAACACUACAGAGAGAGACGAGCUAGCUAGAGACGCUCCAAGUCAAGCUACCAAGGCGCGGAGAAUUCUCCGGGUUCACGUACGUAGCAUAGCAGGCUAGGUGUCUCGCCGGCCAUGGCGACGCCGCAGGAGGUGCGCAGGGUCGACUCGUUCUCGCAGCUGCCGUUCAUCCGGCCGGCGGUGGCGCAGCAGCAGCAGCAGCAGGCGAGGGAGACCAUCCGGCUCUUCGGCCGCGAGUUCUCCAACAACGACGCCCUGCUGCAGCAGCAGCAGCGCAAGCAGGAGGCCGGCGCCGGCUCCCCGGACGCCGCCAACGGGAGCACCGUCACGUCCGAGGGCAACGGCGGCGGCGGCGGUGGAGCCAAGGGCGGCGCGUCUGGGGCGGCGGCGGGGGAGACGAGGAAGUUCGAGUGCCACUACUGCUGCCGCAACUUCCCGACGUCGCAGGCGCUGGGCGGGCACCAGAACGCGCACAAGCGGGAGCGCCAGCACGCCAAGCGGGCCCACCUGCAGGCCUCCCUCGCCAUGCACCGCUACGUCCCCGGCGGCCACCACAUGUACGGCGCCCUCCUCAACUACCACCACCACCACCCCGCCGCCGCCCGCUACGACCAGCCGCCGCCGCACUACCCGAUGUGGACGACCGCCAGCAUGGGGCCCUACGGCGGGGGCGGCCCGGGCUCCAUGUCGCAGCCCAUCGACGGCAGCCCCGUCGCGCAGGCGCAGGGCCACUGGAGGGUGCCCCUGCCGGCCGUGGAGAACUUCGGCGCAGCAGUCCGUCACGGCGCGGCUGACAUGCCGCCGGCCGUGGUGGUGCGGCCCGGGGAGGUGAUGACCUGCAAGGACGAGAAGGUGGUGAUGAGCCUGCUCUCCUCGUCGCCGUCCUUGUCGUCCUGCUCCUCCACGUCGCCGGAGAAGCUAGGUAGGUGUGAAUUGGGGCAGCAGGAGGCUCUUAGCUUGGACCUCCAUUUGUAACUCUCAUUUUUCUAGGUUUCUUUCUUCUUGUGAGUUGGCAGUAGUACUUUGCAACUGCAUGUUGAUUCAAAAUAGCUUAAAUAAUCUCCACCGUUUUUGCAGUCUCGAUCCAUGUUUAGCUAGCUAGCUUGCUCCCCUUUUUUUCCCAAGUUAUUAUGGAAUCAAAAUGGCUUCCUGUAAUUUGCAAGAAGGUACCAAUUACAAAAAUUCCAUCAGGACCUGUUGAACUUAUCA